ACAGAGAUGUUUCAAGUCACCUCAACACCACCUUUUAUUUCCCCUGACGCCUCUGGUGACAAAAUUGGUCUAUGCAAUCUUGACGGUCGUCUGUGCAUUUCUGAGCUCAAGGGAGAUUGUACGCAAGAGUUUUGGUGGAGGGUUGAAGAAUGCGACAAGUGGGAGCGAAUCUUCUCAGUUAACUUGAUUUCUACUUCCUCUUGGUUUGGUGGUAUCGCUUCACAGCCUCUCACACCUUUGGCCAUUUCCAGGGAUAACAACAAGGUCGUCCUCUCGCUUACCUAUCACGAAAACCUUGUUGACUUUGAUCUUGAUCCCGACUCUACUGUUUAUCAUUUGUAUUAUUAUGGUUACUAUGGCUUCGCUGUUCCUUAUUUUCCAAGUUUAUCACUUGUUGAUUUCUAGCUCUCUC